AUGUCGAUUUUGAAACAGGGCAAGUUUGUUGGGUCUCUUGAUUGCGGUACAACUUCCGUGCGGUUCAUCAUCUUUGAUCAGUACGCAAAUAUCGUUUCUCAGCAUCAAUCAGAAUUCCCGCAGUAUUACCCGAACCCAGGGUGGCAUGAGCACGACCCUGAAGAGAUACAAGAAGUCUCAGAGCAGUGCAUCAUUCAAGCUUGUGCAAAACUCGAAGAAGCAGGAUGGACCAAGGAGAGCGUGAAAGUGAUUGGAAUUACGAAUCAGCGUGAAACCACUGUCGCAUGGAGCAGGACUACAGGUAAACCUCUGUGUAAAGCUAUCGUUUGGACCGAUUCUCGUACGAAGAACACUGUCGCUCACUUUGAGCACCUGUUGGCUACGACUGGGAUCGAGGUAGAGCCUGGGAAAUUUAAGACCGGAGAAGAAGGUGUUGAAGCUCUACGUGACAUUACGGGCCUGAAACUCUCCACCUACUUCUCUGGGAUCAAACUUCGAUGGAUGGUUGACAACUACAGUGAAGUACAGAAAGCCCAUGACGAAGAUGAUUUACUUUUCGGAACAAUCGAAUCGUGGGUUGUUUAUAACCUUACAGGUGGCGUCCAGGGCGGCAUCCAUGUUGGCGAAGUCACAAACGCAUCUCGUACCCUUUUGCUAAAUUUGCGCAAGCUCACUUGGGAUGAGCGGUUGCUGACGUUUUUUGGUUUGCGACGUUCAAUACUACCAAAACUUGUGUCUUCCUCCGAGGUGUCUGGUCAUCUGUCUCAUGGUCCAUUAAAAGGAGUUCCUAUCGGAGGACUUAUUGGGGACCAACAAGGCGCUUUGGUAGGAAACAAGUGUCUCCGCCAAGGAGAAGCCAAAUGCACAUAUGGUACAGGCGCGUUCCUCCUGUUCUGUACAGGAAAGGACAUUGUCAAUAGUAGUCAUGGACUUUUGAGUACGGUGGCUUAUCAACCCGGUCCAGGAGCUGCCCCAGUCUAUGCACUGGAAGGAAGUAUUGGAGUUGCUGGAGCCGCCAUCAAAUGGCUGCGGGACUCCCUGGGUUUCAUCAAGUCCGCCAGCGAGAUAAACACAUUGGCAGCUUCAGUACCUGAUAAUGGAGGCGUGUUCUUCGUAACUGCGUUUUCUGGCCUCCUCGCACCGUAUUGGGAUCCUGGUGCUGCAGGCCUACUUAUCGGGUUAUCCUCGUAUACCACUCCUGCACAUAUUGCUCGUGCGACUAUGGAAGCUACUGCUUUCCAGACUCGUGCAGUGCUUGAGAGCAUGAAACUUGAUUCACGCGCAAAGCUCGAACACCUAAAGGUCGAUGGAGGCAUGACUAAUGGCGAUGUUUGUAUGGAGAUCUUGGCGGACAUCGGUGGUUUCGACGUUGUUCGUCCUGACAUGAGAGAAUCAACAGCCUUGGGUUCAGCCCUUCUUGCUGGCUCAGCCAUCCGGUUAUUCGGUUGGGACAUAUCUAAACCAGCAACGUUGGCGGAAGUCAAUACCAAAGGCAGCCGAACUUUCAAACCACAUAUGCCCGAGGAGGAUCGCGAAAAGGGGUGGACUACAUGGCUGCGUGCCGUUGAGAGGUCAAAGGGCUGGGAUGAAGGCGUUUUCGAAUGA